AUUGUGAAAUUGAGUUCUCCACUGGUAAUGACGCAGUCAUAACGAGAGCUGGCGGGCGGUAGUUAAGAUGCCAAAGACUUCAAUAGUCUGCGGACUCGUUUUAAUAAAGUGGUUGCUAGCAGCAACAACCCCUGGACCCGGAGUCAUAAACGGCGUCAAUUAUUAAUGCACUUGCACACAGGCUGGGAAGCGACAGGCACCGACAAGGACUAGAAGUACACUGAUCUCACAUAAUGGAGGAGAGAGAGCCCUCUCCGUCCUCGCAGAAAGAGGUCCUUAUCAUUCCUCUCCAUCCAAACGUCACUCCACCCAGCCCUGCCCACCAGACAUCAUGCCCUUCCUCUUCUCAGACCACAUCUACUUCCACUGUGUCUUCUCCAAAAGGACCAGCAGGUUCACAGCUGUUUGCUGAGUUGUUGGAAAGCCACGCCCGUCGCAUCCCUAGGACCGCCUCCCCAGAACGCGUAACCACACCUCCACAACAAACCACACCCCAACAUGUAACCACACCCUCUAAUGUGGCCACACCCUCCCCUGUGGCCACGCCUUCUCGUGUAGCCGCACCCCAAAGCCCUUCUCUCUCUCCAACCCCGACCACAUCCCCUAAAGAGCAAGGUGCGCGUAGCCUCAGCAGCCCCGAGCUUCUCAAAGAGCUGAAGCAGCCACACCCACUCAAGCAUGUCUCCGCCCACAAGGGCCUGACCACUGUCUUCUCUGGGCGGGGCAAGACUCCAUCACCAAGCACUACCACCAGUCAUGGAGGAGAGAAGCCUCAGGGCUUGUCCAAUGGAAUGAAGCAUUAAAGAUGUGCUGUUAAGCCAUUGGAUGUAGAAGGUGCCAUUCAUCUGUGUCAGACAGACACUGCAUGCUCAACUCCUCUGCCAUAGUCAUGCUUCCAUACUCACACAUCACAUCCUAUGCUAUGUCCGCCACACUCCUUAGUAGUAUAUACAGUAUGUAUCAUGUAAAAGCACACUGUUCUGGAAUGUAGAUGACUGUGAUGUUUAUAUGUUUACUGGAUAGAUGGUUUAGCUUUUGAAAGUGACAUCAGACAUAAGGGCAUAUGAAUGUGAGAUGUAUUUGUAUAAGGUGUGUGUGUGUAUUUGUAUAAGGUGUGUGUGUGUGUGUGUGUGUGUGUGUGUGUGUGUGUGUGUGUGUGUGUGUGUGUGUGUGUGUGUGUGUGUGUGUGUGUGUGUGUGAAAAUCCUGUGUCGCUGCUCAGCCUUCCUCAAUAAGCUAAUGCAUCAGCACUUAUAAUAAAACAUGACUUACUUAUAUUACAA